UGCAUUCAUAUGGUUCAUUACCAUUACAUUUGGUUGGGCUUUUAAUUUUCUGGGUAUUUCCCAUAUAUUUAAAUUUCUAAGUUUUUCAAUAUUUUUGUUCCAGUAAAAACAUUCUUUUUUGGGUUUCAUUUUUAAGAAAUUAAAGAUGACUGUUGGGGCUGGAAUUUCAGUUUCUGAUAAGAAAUUGAUUGUAUUAGGGAAUUCUAUACUUACUGAUGUUCAUGACAAUAUUGACAUAACCCCGGCCAGUGGAGAUGAUUUAAUGAAUGGUGCUUUUAUUGGUGUAACCUCUGAUCAGCGCGGGUCUCGCCGUGUUUUCCCCGUCGGGAAGUUAGAGGGGUUGCGAUUUAUGUGCUCAUUUCGGUUUAAGUUAUGGUGGAUGACACAAAGAAUGGGUUCUUCAGGAAAAGAAAUUCCCUUUGAAACUCAGUUUUUAAUUGUGGAAGCACACGAUGGGUCCCAUUUCGAUGAUUCUGAUGAAAAAACGGCAGUUUAUACUGUUUUCUUACCUAUUCUUGAAGGAGCCUUCAGAGCUGUUCUUCAAGGGAACGAAGAUAAUGAGCUGGAGAUCUGUUUGGAAAGUGGAGAUCCUUCCGUUGAAAGAUUUGAAGGGAGCCAUUUGGUGUAUGUAGCUGCUGGAUCAGACCCUUUUGAUGUCAUUACAAAUGCCGUAAAGGCAGUAGAGAGGCACUUGCAGACGUUUUCACACCGUGAGAAGAAGAAGAUGCCGGACAUGCUUAACUGGUUUGGUUGGUGUACGUGGGAUGCCUUCUAUACAGAUGUGACAUCAGAAGGUGUAAAGCAAGGGCUAGAAAGUUUCGAGAAAGGUGGAAUUUCCCCAAAGUUUGUUAUAAUUGACGAUGGAUGGCAAUCCGUUGCGAUGGAUACCACUGGAAUUGCAUGCAUAGCUGAAGACGCAGCCAACUUUGCAAACAGGUUAACAAACAUAAAAGAAAACCAUAAAUUUCAGAAAAAUGGUAAAGAGGGACAGAGAGCAGAGGAUCCAGCUAUGGGACUUUCCCACAUUGUAGCUAACAUUAAAACCAAGCAUGCACUAAAAUACGUUUAUGUCUGGCAUGCGAUUACUGGAUACUGGGGUGGAGUUAGACCUGGUGCCACUGGAAUGGAACACUACGAAUCCAAGAUGACAUACCCAAUUUCAUCCCCCGGAAUUCAGUCCAAUGAACCUUGUGAUGCUUUUAACAGCAUUGCAAAAAAUGGUCUUGGUCUUGUGAAUCCCGAGAAAAUUCUGAACUUCUACAAUGAACUCCAUUCUUAUCUUGCAUCUGCUGGUAUUGAUGGAGUUAAAGUAGAUGUUCAGAAUAUCCUAGAGACACUAGGAGCUGGACAUGGUGGAAGAGUUAAAAUAUCCAGGAGGUACCAUCAGGCACUAGAGGCUUCAAUCUCUAGAAACUUCCGUGACAAUGGUAUCAUAGCUUGUAUGAGUCACAACACUGAUGGUUUGUACAGUGCCAAGAGGACAGCUGUCAUAAGAGCAUCAGAUGAUUUUUGGCCAAGAGAUCCAGCAUCACACACAAUUCACGUUGCAUCUGUUGCCUACAACACAAUUUUUCUUGGAGAAUUUAUGCAGCCAGACUGGGAUAUGUUCCACAGCCUUCAUCCAAUGGCUGAAUACCAUGGAGCAGCUCGUGCAGUUGGAGGAUGCGCAAUUUACGUGAGUGACAAGCCUGGACAACAUGACUUCAAUUUAUUGAAGAAGCUUGUGCUUCCCGACGGGUCCAUACUGAGGGCCAAACUUCCAGGAAGACCUACCAGGGAUUGUUUGUUUUCAGAUCCUGCUAGGGAUGGAAAGAGUAUUUUGAAGAUAUGGAACUUAAAUGAUUUCUCUGGAGUUAUGGGGGCUUUCAACUGUCAGGGAGCAGGGUGGUGCAAUGUUGGCAAAAAGAAUCUCAUGCAUGAAGAACUACCUGGAACUAUCACUGGUGUAAUCAGGGCGAAGGAUGUUGCUUAUCUACCUAAAAUUGCUGAGGAAGGAUGGAAUGGUGAUACUGUCAUGUAUUCUCAUCUAGGUGGAGAAGUAGUUUAUCUUCCAAAGAACGCAUCUUUGCCAAUUACACUAAAAACGCGAGAAUAUGAAGUGUAUACAGUGGUUCCUGUUAAAGAACUGUCUAGCCAGGCUUUGUUUGCUCCAAUUGGACUGAUAGAGAUGUUUAACUCAGGAGGGGCCAUUAAAGAGUUGAAGCAUGAAUCAGAGAGAAGUGGGGUAGUUAAUAUGAAGGUUCGAGGAUGUGGUGUUUUUGGGGCGUACUCAUCGGUCAGACCGAAGAGAAUAACGGUUGAUCUCAAGGAAACUGAAUUUACUCACGAAGAGGUGUCUGGUUUCGUGACACUAACUCUGGGGACUCCAAAAGAAGAAUUAUACCUGUGGAACUUAACCGUAGAACUGUAAAUGGUUCCUAUGGAACUUCUUUAGGUUUGUCAGCACUUGCCGAUCUCGAGGACAAAUCGUUGCAAGUCUUCUUACAUUGAUUUUUCACUAAUAAUACUAAGUGAAUAAAUAAGACCAGCACGCCACAUUUUACCUCAAGUUCACUUCAUUGUCAUAGGUAGGAACUAGGAAUUCCUCCUUUAUAGCAGGUUGGUCUCUUUAUAUAUGCAGGAGAUGUGUUACUGUACUGUAUUAAAACCACCAAUUAUGUAAUCUCGGUAUUUCACCGAGGAAAUGCAAUGUCAGAUUGUAUUUAUCUGAGUUAUUUCCAUCAAGGAAAGAAUAAAUCAGGGCGUGCUUCGAGUAUAA